AGUCCAUUUUCGAAAAAGAUCCGUAGAUAGCGAGAUACAAAAAUGAUGACGUCAAUUUGAAUCCAUCAAUAGCCUGUAAUUAAAAGCUUGAAUUUAUUAUAAUUGAAUUUAUUUGAAUUGAUCACCCCUUCCCUUAAAGGCGACCCCCGUGUUGUUUAUCUGAACCUUUCGUAUCUCCUGGCGCGCAAAAGCGUUGGUUUUUAUUGACCGUUUGCAUUACAUCGUGGUAACAUUACUUCCGCUAACUAAAACCUUACCACAGAAUAGAUAUUGCCUGACACCAAGAUGUCGACGAGCGAUAAUUUUGGAGGGAGGAAUCGUGUAAUAAUCAUCGUUUUAUGUGUUGUAGCUCUUAUUAUCGGCGCUCUAAUCGGAGUUGGAAUUUAUGCUGCUGCAGGAUGCAAAGAUGAAGAGAAAACUGCAAAGGCCCAGCCUCAGACCUCUCAAGAUCCGAAGAAUGAAGAAAUGAAGCGGUUUGCUAAACAUGCAUCAAUAUUGGAUGAAAUGAAAGCUGGAAACAUUAGAGAUUAUUUGAAAUAUCUAACGAAAGAGCCUCACGUUGCUGGAACCGAUGGGUCGAAAAAACAGGCUGAAUACGUGGCACAGAAGUGGCGAGAUUACGGUUUUGACAAAGUUAAGAUUCACAUGUACACCAUCCUUCUGUCGUAUCCCGAGAAGCCUGGAGAGGUUGGGCUCAAAGCAGCAAAUGGAACGUCAAUCGACAAGUUCACUGUGAUCGAACCAAGUGUCUCGCCCGACGAAAAUGCAAGUGAAAUAGUGCCGCCUUACAAUGCGUUUUCUCCUGCCAAAGCUGUCGAGGGCAAACUAGUGUAUGCAAACUACGGUCAAAAUAAAGACUUCAAGGCACUGGAGGAUGCUGGCAUUGAGGUCAAAGGAAAAAUUGUUCUAAUGAGAUAUGGGCCAACAUCGAGAGGUGCAAAAGUUGCCAAUGCAGAAGCCAGGGGGGCUGCUGGAUGCCUAAUUUUCUCAGAUCCUCAAAAUUGGAAUCCUUCGGGAAAGAGUGCACAAUAUCCCAAUGGAUGGGAACUUCCUGACACGGGAAUUCAGCGUGGAACUAUUAUACGCAGACAAGGAGAUGCCCUUUCUCGGGAAUACCCUUCCAAAGAGGGAUUCUAUAGAGCAGAUAUAAGUAAGGCCUCUCCGUUGCCAACUAUUCCUUCUCAGCCAAUCCAGUUCAAGCAAGCUGAAGUUUUACUAAGGAACAUGGAUGGCAUGAAAGGAUCAGCUUAUUUUCAGGGUGAUGGAAACUUUGAUUAUCGAAUGAACUCAACGCUGAACGUGACUUUGUCUGUCUUUACCAAGCUGGAAUCUAGACCAACAUACACUGUAUCUGGAGUAAUAUAUGGCAAAGUUGAACCAGAUCGCUUAGUUCUUCUUGGAAACCAUCGUGAUUCUUGGGGAUAUGGAGCUGGAGAUGCUUCAAGUGGUCAGGCAUCUUUGCUAGAGAUAUCUAGAUCACUUGGCAAAUUGAAAAAAGGAGGCUGGCGCCCACGCAGAAGCAUAAUGCUUUGUAGCUGGGAUGCAGAGGAGUUUGGAAUCCAUGGAUCCACAGAAUGGGUUGAGGACCACGCCUCAAUGCUCCAAGAGCGUGCUAUAGCAUAUCUGAAUGUUGAUAUUGCUGUGGAAGGAAACUACACUGUGCGGCUGAGAGGAACUCCAGAGCUUGACAAUGCCUUUUUUGAAGCAACGAAGAAGGUUCCUGCACCGGAUGACAAAAAUGCCAAUCUCUAUGAAGACUGGGUUAAAAAGAAUAGAAACCCAAGCGCACCAAGCGAGCCAAAAACAAUCGUAGCGACAUCUGGUAGUGAUUAUAAGCCUUUCUAUCAUACUAUUGGCAUUUCAUGUGUGGAUCUCCGUUAUAUGUAUGAAAAGAAAACAGGCACCAAGUAUCCAUACAUGUAUCCAAUGUACCACUCAAUGCACGAGACAUUCAAAUGGAUGGAAAAGUACGUCGAUCCUGAUUUUCGUUAUCAUCUAACAGUUGGCAAGAUGUGGCUAAAACUCGGACUGCUCCUUGCUGACUCGUUGGUUCUACCAUUCAAUCUAUCACGUGCUGCCGCCAAUGUUAAGUAUUACGCCUUGAAAUUCCAGAAGGAUCACAAAAAGUACUUGAAUCCUCAUGGCAUUUAUAGUGAUCUUCUUGUGCAAGCAGCUGAAAAUCUAACAAAGUCUGUUGCAAGCUUCGAGAGCAGAAUGAAAAAUGUCGACUUGAAAGAUCCACUCCAAGUUAGGAUGAUGAAUGACAGAAUUCAAAAUUAUCAGCGCCAGUUCAUUCACCAGGUUGGGACAAUGGGAAGGGACGACUUAAGGAAUGUCGUCUAUGCAACUAGAUCAAAUCUAAUGGUUGGCGGAAACAAGUUCACUGCACUUGGACAAGCGAUAUACAGGGCCCAUAAUCGAAUCGACAAGGACUGGGACGAAGUGAAGAAGCAAAUGAUGCUCGUGGUAUAUCACCUUCAAUCUGGUGCGCAAUCAUUCGAAAGUCUUACCAUGUGAGUUGUUGUCACAAGGCCCAGCACAUUCGCUCAUUUUUAAUACAGCUAACCCUGUAAGCUGUUUUUACCAUUUGACAAUGUUUGAAGUUAUCUCUGAAUUUUAUUAAAGUGAUUGUUUGUCUUUUAUAAUGAUUAAUUGAUUUUAAGCAUCCAAUGUCAGCAAACAUUCAGAGUUUGCAAUAAUUUUUUCUCAAGCAUAAAUAGCUUUCAAUCCGCCUUCCCAUUAAAAGAGAUAUGUUGUCAUUACGAGAAUUUUCCAUUAAAAUUCUUGCCAAUAUUGAUUGUUUCAACACCUUUUGUGCUCCAUCCUAUUUUAGAAUGUAUUUAUUCAAUUAUAUCUUCUCCUUUCCAUUGCUGGACCAGCAAAAAGGUUGGUUCAGUAAACACAGGUAAUGAAUUUUUGGAUAAACGUCGCUCAAAAGAUACCGUUUUCUAGUUAAAUUCGUUCGUUAAAAUCCUUGUGAUUAAAUAUCCAAAACGUAAAAACACAGAGACGUUUAAAUGUAGUUCGUAUUCAUAGCCUAAUUUUAACAGUUUCCUUGAAUUUAUUUCAUUUAUUCUCUCCCAAUAAUUAUUUACACAGGAUAGAAUUUGCAAUUAAAACAUCCAUUUUUCAAAACUGCCCUGAACCAGAAAAGAAUAAGAACCUAUAUGAUAGAAAUUCUCUCAUUUUAUUAGAACCGCUACAGACAACAUUAAAAAAAAAUUAUAAAAAAUAAAGGCAGAAAUAUUUUUGUAUACUUUUUAAUUUGUAUUGCUUGUACAAAUUUUGCAAAGUUUCAUUUGCAACUGCUUAGCAAUUUCUUUAAUCGCUUAAUGUGUAAACGGCUAGAAAAA